CUCACCGCGAAAAUCUCGCAACUUGGACAUUGCCAUCUCGUUCGAGGAUUAAUUGAUAAUCCGCUGGGCCGUUUGACAGCUCGAAUUCUGUGGGCCUUUGGUCAGGCGGCAGGUGUCUGACUCCUCUCUCUCUCUCUCUCUCGAGAUGCCUCCGAAAGGAAAGUCAAAGGGUGGCAAAGGUGCUGCAGCCAGUGGUGAUAAUACUGAUAAGAAAGAAAAAGGAUCCAAAGGGGGUAAUGCAGUGAAGGUGAGGCACAUUCUCUGUGAAAAGCACAGUAAAAUCAUGGAAGCUAUGGAGAAGUUGAAAUCUGGCAUGAAAUUUAAUGAAGUGGCGAGCCAGUACAGUGAAGACAAAGCCAGGCAAGGAGGCGAUUUAGGAUGGAUGACCAGAGGUUCAAUGGUGGGACCCUUCCAGGAAGCUGCUUUUGCUCUGUCCAACAGUACAAUAGACAAACCCAUUUACACAGAUCCCCCUGUUAAAACUAAAUUUGGUUACCACAUCAUCAUGGUUGAGGGAAAAAAGUAAAAUAUAUUUAUUUUCAGUGCUAUAUCUGUACUUUUGAUAAGAAAUAGAAUAAUUUCUUCUUUGUGAAGCCCCAGACCAAUUACAGCAAACAAUGGACAGCCUGCUAUCAGUUCUUCGUAAUUUUAUGUUCACUGGCUACAAAGAAGGACAUGAAAGGGUUAUACCUCUAUUUACUUUGUUUCCCUCUUAUAGAAGUAACUACGGCAUACCAUUAUUCUUCAUUCAAAGAGAAGCAAUUAAAAAUUGUAUUUUUUUGGAAUUCCAUAUUAUUGGUGAAUUAUACCAAAAUAAACAGCAUGAAGUUAAACAACAA